UCACCGCCGUUCCUCCACCUCGUCUGCCGCUUCCAGCGACCACUCCUCCCACUCCAGCCCCUCCAAAGGACUCCCUGCCGCCCCCCCUGCCCCAGGACGACCCAAGGCUGCACGUACCCACGAAGACAUGGACGCCACAGGGUACCAGCACAGGCCGAGUUCCCCUGCAGCUACGACGCCGUGGCAGCCCUGGAGGACGAGGAACCCUCUCUCAAGACGCACAACCGCAUGGGUCGAGACGGGAGCUCAGUCCUCAUCCCGCUCGACGAAAUCAGCUUUCGCCUCCUGGAGGAGACAGCCAACGAUCCUGGGGCCUCCAUCAGGGUGAUCAAACUCGCUCCACAAACCCAGGUGACCAAAGGUAUCGUCAUGGGAUACCCACUCCGUCUCCCUCUCUCCAUCCUCCAGCGCCAUCCCCAGGUAGAGGAAGCGGUGCGCUGCCAGACUUCACGCCACAAGGAGGACACAAGGCAAGUGCUGGUAACUCUGAGAGGCCCGCUAAUCCCGUCUCUCACCCUAGGCAACUGGGGAACGUUCUACCUCCGCCCCUAUGUGCCCGAACCCCUACGAUGCCACCGCUGCCAGAAGUUUGGACACCACCGGGCGACUUGCAGCAGGAACCCGAUAUGUGGUGUAUGCAGUGGGCAGCACGACACCCAGAGAUGCCUCACCCGCUACAAAGCCAAGGAGGAUGUGACGCACCGCUGCCCAAAUUGUGGAGGCCCCCACCACGCCUGGAAUCCUUCCUGUCCAGUAAGACUGUCACACAUCCACCAUGGCAGGGAACUCCAGGUCAACUGGGUAAAGGAGCAGCAGACUACUACUGUAUCCCCAGCACCUCCAGGCACUUUUGUGUGGGGACAACAGCAGUCCUCAAAUCGCCCAUCACCACCACCUCCAACCCAGGCCGACUUCCCCCAACUACCGACUGCAACGACUCCGACGCCCACGCCACCUCUGCCGCCUCCAGGACAACCCACACCAUCGACACACACUCCAGCAACAACUCCAGCAACACCGUCUGCCACAGCACCCCUGCCUCUUCCACCUCAGGAGCCCCUGUUCACAACAGCAGACCUCAAAGAGUUUGGGAAGCAACUGGCCCUGGGAGUAGCCACCAGCAUUGCCCAACUCUUAGGGAAAGAUGUGGAUCAGGACGCCCUGGAAAAGGCCAUGGAGAAGACGGUGACGAACGCAAUGGAGACGCUAAUCUCCAAGCGCUCUCGACAGCCCCGGAAGCCAUCACCUGUCCGGGUAAUGAGAGUCCGCAUAGAGUCAUCCUCCCUUCCACGCACCUACAAGACACCCCACCGCCCACCCAGCCAGCCUGCACCAGGACCCAAGACCCCAACCUAAGGAACAAAACCCAAGGCAUUACCAUCCUUCAAUGGAACUGCCUUGGAGCCUACUCCAAGCUACCAACACUGAUGGAAACUGGGAAACUGGAAAACAUCGAUGUCUUCAUGCUCCAGGAAACACUGCUCUUGCCCAAAACCCCCUUCAGAAUUUCAGGCUACAAAUCCUUUCUACUGCCCAGAAUAAAUGGGGCCUCACGUGGGUGUGCCAUUCUUGUACGACACCACAUUGCAUGCCAGGAGCUAGCAGCACCACCUCACUGCGGCGACCGGGUGGAAGUCCAAGGCGUGAUCAUUCAGCUGCACUCAACUCCACUAACCCUCUUCAACAUCUAUGCGCCACCUCAGUCUACACCUGAAUUGGGAGAACUCUUCACAGCAGCCAGCGAAGAACCAACCUUCAUAGGGGGAGACUUCAACGGCCACCACCCUCACCUAGAGUCUCCCUCUCCUCCCAACACAGCAGGCCGACACAUCGCAGAGCUGCUGGAAGAAGCACGAGGAGUAGCACUACUGAACGACACCUCUCAGCCAACUCACAUCAGGGGCGGGCGACUCGACCUCUCCUUCAUCUCCACACCCUUACGACCUGUGGCCUCCUGGUCUGUCCACCCCACCAUCACCAGCGAUCACUUUGGUGUCACCACUCACCUAGCCUUGGACAACUUGCCCCAACCCCAGCUGCCUCCUCCUCGCUACAACAUCAAGCGAGCUGACUGGAACGCCUUCACCUCUGCCUUGGAUAGGGCACUCGCAACUCCACCUGCCACUACCGACCUGGAGGUGCUAGAGAGCCACGUAACGCACGCCUUCCAACAGGCUGCCAGCGAGGCCAUACCACUAACGAGGCUCUCAGGCACCUUCCACAAAGAUCACUGGAUCUAUGGUGAACGAGUGCGGGAGCUCAACCACCGCCUCAACACAGCCAGGAAAACCUGCAAACGCCCCACCUCCCCCAACAGGCGUUACUUGCAGGCUGUCGCCAAACACGCUUGCAUCACCAAGCGGCGAUUACGAGAAGAGGCCUGGCUCCAGUGGUGCCAGGGUCUGGAUGCACACUCCACCCUGGGGGAGAUGUGGACCAAACUACGCUCUGUCUCUCGCCCUCGCCCCCCUUGUCCACCAACUCACCCUAACCCACAAGAAGAAGCUGAGCGACUAUCAGCCAGCUUUGCAGACCGCACCUCGCCCCACCAACUCCCACACACCACCAGGGAGAUGCAGGAACUUCUGGCAGCAGGAAGGGCAGCUCUUGUGGAGGAAGCCUGCACAACUCCUGAUGCAGCUGAUGUUCAAUUCACAAUUCAGUAA